GGAGGCAGCGGCGGCGGUGGAAGUUCGUCGAGCUUGUCGGAGUUGGAGAGCAGACCUCCGCAAGCUUCAAGCAACUGCAGCGAAGAGGCAAGAACAGUAACGCCGACGACACAAGGGGCGAACACAUCGAAUCGGCUGAGGAGACUGAGCUCGGUGGACAUGAACAUGCAGGGGAAGGGGAAGAACGAGAUGCCGUGUGUCUUCACCAAAGGAGAAGGACCCAACGGAAGGAGAGUAGACGGAAUACUCUACAGGUACGGAAAGGGAUCGGAAGUGAGGAUAAUGUGUGUGUGCCACGGCACUUUCCUGUCGCCGGCGGAGUUCGUAAAACACGCCGGAGGUGGUGACGUCGAUCACCCUCUCCGGCAUAUUGUCGUCAACACCGCGUCUUCUUCUGUCAUGUAAGAGAGAGCUAACCAAACCCUGUUUUGUUCUCUGUCUGAGAUUUCAUCCCUUCCAUUAAAACUGGGGAUUUGAGAUUUGAGGAAGAAGUAGGAGAUGAGAGUUUAUCUUCUUCCUUUUUCUGAUGAGUUGAUACUAAGAGUGAUGAGCUUUGAUCAGACAA